GAUCUGCUCUGCCCAUUGUGAGAUCGUACAUACUUGUUAUCUCCAAAUGACUCAAGGACCUUGCACAUCGCGGCUAGCACAAGCGGCCGCAGCGCACAAGUCUCCAUUAUUGGAAGGUCUUUCGCGAGCACUUGCGAAUCCCUAUGAUGCCGUUGCGUCUCCCAAUGGUGUUGUAAAUUUGGGAACGGCGGAAAACCAUUUGAUGUUUCCAGAAUUGUUGGAGAAGCUCAAUUCUUCUUCAAUACGGCAAGUAACAGAAGAUAUGUUGAAAUACGGAACAAUGCACGGGUCGGAACCACUUCGGAAAGCCGUUGCCAACCUUUUCAACAAGUACUUGAAACCGUGUACAGCGAUUAGACCGGAUGAGAUUACGAUACAUGCUGGUUGCGGCGCAACGGUGAAUAAUAUCGCACAGACCAUUGCCAAUCCCGGGGAAGGAAUUUUAGUGCCUACGCCGUACUAUGGGGGUUUCGACUUUGACUUGACACUGUAUGCGGAAGCACGACCUAUUCACGUUCAUACCAGCGGAGCGAAUGCGUUCAAGAUCGAGGUUAGCGCUCUAGAAAGGGCGUAUCAAGCUGCACUGGAAGAUAACAUCACAGUACGGGCACUUCUACUCACCAAUCCUCAAAAUCCACAUGGUCGUGCUCUUUCGAUUUCCGAAAUUAUGCCUUUACUACGUUGGGCCAAAGAGCACAACCUCCACGUCAUUUCUGAUGAAAUCUAUGCUCUGUCUACCUUUAUCAACCCCAACCCUUUUGUCUCCGUUUUAUCCAUCCCAGAUCUCCCAGAUCCGGAGCAUACGCAUGUUCUUUGGAGCAUGUCAAAAGAUUUUUGCAUCAAUGGCGUGCGUGUUGGUGCUUGCGUAUCCAGGAACCCAGAGGUACUGGCCGCGAUGCAGAUGUUUGCGCUAUUCACGAACACUUCCAGUCUCGCCGAUCGGGCUGUUGCUAAUCUAUUACAAGACGAGCAGUGGGUGGAAUGGUUUGUAGAGGAGAAUCAGAAAAGGAUGAAGGAACAGUACGGGAGGUUGGUUGGGGAGUUGAAUAAGAUGGAAAUACCUUUCAUGACUGCCGAUAGCGGGUUUUUUGUGCUGGUGAAUUUAUCAAAAUGGUUUGAAGCUCCUGGGAAGAGUGGGGAUGAGCCCUGGAGAAAAUUAUGGUACAAGCUUUUGGAUGGCGGGAUUUAUAUACUGCCAGGUGAAGCGUUCAAUAUUUCCGAGACAGGGUGGUUUCGCAUUGUUUUCACUGUGUCAUGGCCGCUAUUGAGCCUUGGAUUAGAGAGACUUGGUCAAGUCCUUGACAGAGAGAAGCAACUUCAGGUUAGCCAUAGUAAGUUGUAGAUAGACCCUCUUACGGCGCAAGAAAGUGUAUAGAGCUUAAUAGGCUGAAUUCAUAUUUGUUAAAUAUCGGGUACUGUGAAUAUUCCACAGCCAUGUUCACCC